AAGACACAAACAUAAACAAAUCCAGAACUGAGCGGAACUGUGGAAGAGGGUUUUUCAAAAUAAAAUAAGUCAUGGAAAAGUCACCUAAGAAAUUUUGCAUACCAAAAGAUACAGAUGAUUCUUUCGAGGACUCAGUAUCAGUUGCACCUCGCUAUUUUAAACCUGGGCAAAUAAUUUGUGAAUCUAGCAGAGAAGAAAAUACUUUAUCCUCAGAAACUAACACAAGUUCUGUUCCUGAUGCACCUAAAAUUGAAAACAAACAACCUAAUGUAACUGAAAAGGUCCCACCACGAAAUAAUGUUACUGAAAGAAGACCACCCACAACUCUAUUUCAGAGCGAAUUUGAAAAUCUUAAAGAAUCAAAAUUUUAUGAUAAAUCAAUUGAAACUUGUUCCUCUGGAGUUUCAGGAACUUCUCGGAGUGUUUCUGCUCUCAUUGUCAAUCCUAGACAGAGAGGAAAUCCUCUUCUAAAACACAUAAGAAAUGUUCCUUGGGAAUUUUCUGAAAUUGAACCAGACUAUCUUAUGGGGAAAAGUGCAUGUGCUUUAUUCUUAAGUCUUAGAUAUCACAAUCUUUUUCCAAACUACAUACAUGACAGACUUAAAGCAUUGGGAAAGUCUUACAGUCUUAGAGUUUUACUUGUGCAAGUUGAUGUGGCUGAACCAAAUCCCCCUUUGAAGGAUCUCUCUGUAAUAUCAAUAUUAGCAGACUGCACAUUAAUGGUUGCAUGGAGUGCUGAAGAAGCUGGCAUGUACCUUGAAACUUAUAAAAUGUUUGAAAAUAAAUCUGCAGACCUCAUUAAAGAAAAGCAAGAUAGUGACCAUUAUUCUCAGCUUAUUGAUUGCUUAACUACAAUAAGGUCAAUUAAUAAAACAGAUGCCACUGUUCUUCUUUCAAAUUUCAAAACUUUGAAAGGCAUUGUCCAAGCUUCUGUUGAAGAUCUAACUCAAUGCCCUGGAAUGGGACCUUUGAAGGCUAAACGUCUUUAUGAUGCUCUAAGGAAACCAUUAAAGAAUACUGCCAAAUGACACCAGCAUAAAUAUAAAUAAUUAUUAUUUUGUACAAAUUUAUUAUAUUUACCUGAAUGGUUUGUUUGUCCGGUUAUGCAUUUUACUUAAAUCAAGCAUUAACUUCAUUGCUUCAAGUUCUAAACUCAGUCUAGCAAUUUCAUCUUUAAGGUUUUUAUAUUGCUGUAAAAUACAAUUUAUUUGU